AUGCCUCUGAAACAUCAGCAAAAUGAUGGCAUGGCCUACAGGAUGAAGAAGCUGGCAGCUUUGCAGGUGGAGAUAACAAAAAAAAACAAUGCAGUGAAGGAGAAAAUCAAGAAAAAAUAUGAAGACAUGACGCGGGUCCUGGAUGAGGAUCUUCAGAUCACACUGACCCAGCUGGACACUGAGCACGAGGCCAUGGAGAAGUUGUUGGAGGACAGGAUAGAGGACUGCUACCACUUCACUCGAGAACUGGACCAGGAAAUGUUCGACAUCGGUGCCAAUUUGAAAACACAAGGAAUUGACAUGCAGAAUGCUGAAACUGAGAAAAGAAUAUCUGAUACUCUGAAGCGGACUGACCCUGACCUGAUUCACAUAGAUGCGUUCAAGAAUGAACAACUACUGAGUCUCACCAUCAACCUGCUGCUUUUCAUCCAAUCCCAGGUCCCUGUCACCAAGAAACUCUUUCAGACCUAUGCUGCAGAUGUUGUCCUUGACGGUGACACUGCUCACCCCAAGCUGAUCAUCUCCCCCAAAGGCAACUCAGCCACCUACGCAGACACCUGGCAGGAUGUCCCAGAGAAUCCCUCCCGCUUUGACACCACCCUAAAUGUAGUCAGCCAGGAAGGCUUCAGCGAGGGCCGCCAGUACUGGGAGUUAGAUGUGAGUGGGAAGACCUACUGGGAGCUAGGGCUCACCUACCCAAGCAUCCCGCGCAAGGGCCGCGAGGAGGACUCCUGGCUAGGCCGAGGCAAAGAGUCUUGGUGUGUGGAAUACUUUAAUGGAGACUACACAGCCUGGCACGGUGGCGUCCAGCAUGAGCUGCCUCAGAUGGCAGGAAAACAGUUCACUCGCAUCGGGGUAUACUGCAGCUUUCCUGGGGGUUUGGUGAGCUUCCUAGGAGAUGAUACAAUGACCCCGCUCCACUGCUUCUGCACUGGGACCUUCACUGACACUCUACAUCAAGCAUUAUGUCCUGGCCAUGACAAGGAAGGCACAAACUGGAAGUCCAUCAAGAUCUGCGAUGCCUCCCGAUCAGCUCCUGUUCUCUGAGGUGGGGCAGGAAUGCCUCUGGGGCAGAAAUAUCAGCUGUCUGAUCCGACUGAAUUGUGACAUUGCAUCACUUCUGGGAACUGUGCAUGUCAGGCCUGUCUAAAUUUGCCAAAAGGAAUCUCACAGAUCAUGUUUUUCUAGUGGACGCGCCAACACUGUGACGUUAGAGCUGUUCUACAUACUGUAGCAAAGGUUUUUUUUUUGUAAUGCUAUGAUGAGUCAUGCAAUUGCAGAAUUGCAAAAGACAGAAGUUGACUUAGCAAAGGAAGAAUUUAGUUAAUAAAAAAUGAAUUCAUAACUAUUAAUAAUUUGGUUAGAUGGCUCUGCUUUUGAACACUCAAUCAAUAUGUUUGGAUUUGUCUACUAAUAUUUAGCAAAUUGAACUUCAAGAUAAUGCUGGCAAUAUUACAUAUUUUUAUGAUUUUCAACAAAUCCAGUUCCAUUUUAAAAACAAUUAAGUAAUUUCAAAAACAUCUGGGCACUGUAAUCAAAUGUAACUCAAACAGUUGUAAAUAGUGACUUUGUUGGAGACGGUUUUCAGCUGUGGAUCAUUGCACAUUUGGUGCUCAAGUGAGUAUUUACAACAGCAAUUCUUUGUUGAUUUUGUUUUUUUGUGGUAUUUGUAAUGAGAAUAAAGAAUGACAGCCUUAUCCUUUAUGUGUUAACAGAAGGCUAAAGAUGUUUGUCUGUUACUAUGAAUUGUUGAUUAUUAAACUUAACAGUGAGUAUAACUUUAUAUAGUGACAUACUGUUUAAAAAAAAAAAAAGUCUAAACAUUUAAUUUUAAUGUGACUUUCAGUGUAUUCAUUGACAGGCUACAAACAUCUUUGUGUUAAAAACAAAAAGAAAUGUGGUCAUUGUGGUCUGUGUAUGUGUAGGAAAAAUGACAACUCAUUACAGAAUAAAUUCUUUAUGUUUAAUACAAUAAAAUGUGUACAUGAGCAUGCCUCUGUUUUGAAGUUAUUUAAACAAGGUAUUGCCCCAAAUUAAAAAGAAAAUUGGGCCAGAUUAUACGUAUAAUGUAAUUCAUUCAUUUUUCCAAAUCUUUUCAAAAAUAUAUUCCUGAGGACAACAGCAUUUAACACUGGAAAGCAUUGAAAAUUUUACCCUUACAGUAUUUUUUCCUCCUUCAAUUCCAAUCCAAAACAAGUGGAGCAAACACUCCUUUCCGCACAGGCUGGGCACCACAUCGCUGAUCGGAGUUGUGGCUAUGUUGGACAAGUGCACUGGGUGUAGAAUGGGACAGGUCUCUAACUUUAGCCAGUAUUGAACACUCUUCUGGCAACUAGAAUUAUGAUGUAAAAGUGUCACAAAAAAGAACUGAUAAAAAAAAAA